CGUAUCCUUAUAACAGCGAUGCUUCCAGAUUUAUAGCUAGGUGCACAGCUUAGCACACGUGACGUCGGGCCAAGCCAGAAACAUGUCCGCGCCCUAGCAUGGUUUUUGGCCUUAGCGGCCAGGCGUGAGCGAAAGCUAGCAUGGCGGACGGCCUUCGUGCCCCCGCGGAGCUCCAAGGCCUGGACUCGCCAGGCCGCGGUGACGGGGCGCAGCAGCACCGCCAUGCCAGCCCCGCUCUUCCCCGGCUCUCGCUCGGCGCCCGCUACCUCGCGCCCUACGCCAACUUCCACCUGCCGGCGCUGGACCUCACACGCGUCCUGCGCGACACCUACCACGCCUCUCAGCAGGAGCAGCAGGCCGCAGCGCGCGAGCAGCAGGCCCGCAUCAGCAACCACCUGCAGCGCCACCCCGGCGCCGACCCACAUGACGCACCCAUCACACACCUUGCCGCGCUGGCAACGCCGGAGGCGCGGCAGGCGGUGCUGACGGCGGCGCUGGAGCGGCGCUGCCGCCGCACAGGCAUCGCCUUCACGCCGCCGCACGACCUGGAUGGCACCGGCCGGGAUGACAGCGAUGGCGGCGGUCAGCGUGGUGACGGCGGUACUCAUCCAAUGGUGUACCCCACCACGCCCGCCGGCCCGCCCGCCGCCGCCAUCCUUGAACUGCCACUCCACCCCGCCACCAGCGUCGCCCCAACCAGCGGGCCUCUGCCUGACGCCGCCUCGGCACCGCUGCCGCCGCUGCUGCCUUCCUGGCUGGCCGCCAGCCUGGGCGCCAGCCUCACCCACCUGGACCUCUCCGAUUCGACCCUCAUAGACAACCGGGGCUGGGCUGGAUCCGGAUCCGGAACCCUCGGCUCCGGGGCCCCCGCUGCGAGCGGCGCCGCCGGCGACGGCGGCGGCGGCCUGGACGUGCUGGCGGCGCUGCCGCGCCUGCAGGUGUUGUCGCUGCGCUCCGCACGGCUGGCGGCGCCGCUGCCCGGCGACCUGGCGGCGCGGCUGCCGGGGCUGCGGGUGCUGGACCUGGCGGGCACCUGCUUCUGUGCGCCGCCAGCCGCUGUGGAGCGCAUGCUGCUGGAGCUGGCGGCGGGAGGGGCGGCGGCGGGAGGGGCGGAGGUGGUGGUGGCGGAAGGGGCGGAGGUGGUGGUGGCGGAGGGCGGCAGCGGGGUGGUAGGGAUGGCGGGGGCGGCGGGCGGCCGCCGGCGCAUGGCGCCGCUGCUGCUGCUGGGCGCCUGCAGCGGCCACGAUGAGGACGAGCUGCAAGUGCUAUGCUGGGCUCAGGCCGAGCCGCGGAUACCGGAGCGCGCAGGGGGCGAAUGCUCAGAAGCAAAGGAUGCAGAAGUGAAGGAGCAGCAGCAACAGCAGCAUCAGAAGGAGGAUGAGCCGCGGGAUGUUGUUGUUUCCUCCGCCGCCGCGCUGUGUGCGGUGCGUGCGUCGCUGGAGCGGGCGUUCCUGCACUACGCCGCACGCGGCGCCUGGUUUGAGCUGCGCCAGCCCAGCCGCUCCGAGUAUGGCUACGACUCGGAAGACGAGGAGGAGGACGAGGAGGCGCGGGAGGGUGGCGGCGGCGGCGAUGACGACGCCUGGGCGGCGCGGGAGCGUCAGGCGGAGCGGGGGCGCCGCGCCCGCCAGCGCGCGGAGGCGCGCCGGGCCGCGGGUGGCGACGGCCGCGUGCCCUGUCUGGGCGUGGAGGGGCUGGUGUGCGACGCCAGUUUGCUGCUGCUGGUGUGGGAGCUGGGGCUGCUGCCGGCGGCGGCAGCGGAGGUGGGCGAGGAGGACGAGGAGAUGUCGAAGGCGGAGCGGGCAGCGGCGGAGGGGGUGGGGGCGAGGCAGGGACAGGCAGGCGGAGGUCUUGGCGGCGGCGGCGGCGGCGGCGACGGCCCGCCCGGGGAGCACAUGCAGGAAUUGUGGCGGGUGCGUGACGUGGACGGCGGAGCCCGCGGUGCGGAGCUGGGGCGCCAUCACCUCAUUAUGGGCCGCACGCCCCGGCGACGGCUGGUGUUGGAGGACGUGGUGCUGGCGCUGAGGUGGCCGUACCGCAGCCGCCGACUGGACGAACCCACGUGGAGCCACCAACAGCACCUGCACACGCCCAACCGCGACAGCCUCACCACACCGCUGACAGCGCGGCAGUGGGGCCUGCUCGCAGAGCAGCUGCGGCGCGGGCAGCAGGCGACAGCGGGCCCGGCGGCGCCCACUGCAGGCGCGGGAGCGGCGGGUUCAGGAGCCGGGGCUGGGGCGGGGGCGGGAGCUGGGGCGGGAGCUGGGGCGGGCGGCGACCCGUUCGUGUGUGAGCUGCUGCCGUUCCAGGAGCUGGAGGAGCGUGGGCGGCUCACGGCGUGCGCGCUGGAAGCUUGCAUGAUGGCUGACGCCCGGACCUUUUGCGCCGGAGUCCACAUUCCCCGCAAUCCUGGCGAACCCGAAAGACUCAUCGUGGACGCUGAGGCCGCCUGGCGCGCGGCCGAGGCGCGGCCGCCGCCCGCCACCCCCGUGGCCGUACCCACGGCGGCGGCGCUGGCGGCGCGGACGGCGGCGCGGCGGGCGCUGGUGGCGGCGCUGAUGGGAGUGACGGAGGCGGCGCUGGAGGCGGCGGCAGCCGCCAGGCGGCAUCGGGCAGCUGCUGCUGCUGCUGCUGGGGGGUCUGCUGGUGGGGAAGGUGCUGGCUCGCAACCGGGGCGGGCUGGGAAGGAGAAGGCAGGCAAGGGCAAGGCCGCUGCUGCGGCCGCGGGCCAGGCGCUGCCGCUGCAGGUGUCGUUGGGGACGUUCCUGACGGCGGUGCGGCUGGAGUCGAGGUUGUUUGCCCGCGUGAGGCGCGUCAGUAUCCUGCCGCGCGGCCAUGCCGCCCACGACUCCUUCGGCCGCGGGCGCUACUGGGGCUCGGUGCGCACGCUGGCGGAGGCGCUGCGGACCGACGCGCGCGUGCGGACGUGUGUGCUCACGGGCAAGCUAUCUCUGGCUGCGGCCACGGAGCUGCGGCCCGAGGAGCUCGGCCCGGCGGCGCGCAAGCUGGUCAAGCUGGCGGCCGCCGCAGGCAGUGGCGGCGGCGGCGGCGGCAGUGGUGCGGCGGUGGCGCUGGCUGGCAGUCUGGCUGUGCGGGCGGGUGAGGCGGCCGACCUCGCCGACCUGGAGGCGCUGCAGAAGCAGGUGUCGUCCGGUGGCGACCUGCUCCGCCGCCUGCCGCUGCACCCCGAGGACUGGCUCCCUGCCGACUGCGGCCGCGCCGCCGACAGCCCCGCCGCCGCCUGGCACAUGCCCGCGCCGGGUGUGUGGCCGCACGGCAGUGUGCUUCACGGCCUGGCGGCGCGGGGCUGCGUGCGCGCGGCGGCCUGGGCUCUGGACCGGGCGCCGGCGCUGCUGCGUGUGGCCGCCAGUGGCUGGGGCCUGACGCCGCUGCACCUGUGCUGCAUGCGGCCCUGCCAGUGGCGCAGCACCUCACACUUCCUGUCGCUCGUCAGCAUGCCGCGCCUGCUGGGACCGCCGCCCCCACCCCGUGACGCCGCCGCCACCGCCGCCGCCACCACCAUCGCAGCUACCGCGCCCCAGCCCUCAGCAGGCGUGGGCACCACCACCACCAGCUCGCACUCGGCUGCCAAUAAAAGCACACAGCAGCAGCAGGCGGACAGCACCACAUUCGGCGCCGCCGACGCCGACGCCGCCGUCUCGGACGAUGAGGCGCGCGAGGCCCGGCUUCGUGCCGCCGCGCCGCGGGCGCACCCGCGGGCGCCGCCGGGCGCCAAGCCGCAGCAGCGGCCCCGGCGGCGCGGCCUGCAGCGCUCAUUCGUGCAGCACGACGACAGCAGCGAUGAUGAUGACAACGACGUGAUGAAGGACGGUGCGGAUAAUUUCCGGCACGGGCGCGGCGGCGGCAAGCGCGUGGAGGAGGAUGAGGAGCGGCUGGACGGACGGCUGCGGCAGUGGGUGUUGCAGCAGCCGCGGGCGUCGUCGGGGGCGGGCGGCAGCGGUGAUGGCGACAGCGGCACGGCUGGUGGUGCUGGUGCUGGUGCUGGUGCUGGUGCUGGUGCUGGUGCUGGUGCUGGUGCUGGUGCUGGUGCUGGUGCUGGUGCUGGUGCUGGUGCCGGCGGCGUGUGGCCGUACCUGGCGCCGCAUGAGCUCUUGUUCCCUCGCGUUAGCGGCUUGCGCGUCCGGCAAAUCAGCAUGGAUACGAUGCUGGGGCCGCUGUGGUACGCCGCGGACGAUGAGGCGCCGCCGCUCGCCGCCACAGCCGCCCGCGCCGCCGCCGACAGCGGCGGCACCGGCGGCGGCGGCGCCAGGGCGGUGGCCUACCAGGUGCGGGGUCAGCGGAAAGUCGAAAUCCAACGCCGGCUGCGGCAACAACGACAGCAGCAGCAGCAACAGGUACAGGCCGAGCGGCUGCAGCAGCCGCAGGCACGUGUUCUGCCUGGCACCGCUCCUGCGUCCGCCCCCGCCGCAGCGGCCGCCCCUGCUGGAGCCGGCGCCGAGGAUGGUGGCAUGGGCAGCAGAGACGCGGUGGCGGCUGUGGCGGCUGGAGGCAUGGGAGCGGCGGGAGCGGGAGGAGGGGAGGACGCGGCGGCGCUGGUGGUGGAGGCGUCGCCAAUGCUGCGGCUGCUGCUCAGUCGCGGUGCGGACACGGAGGCAGUGGGCUGGUCGGGCCUGACGCCCGCGCAGUGCGCCGCCGCCACCUGCGGAGUGGCGGCGCUGGCGGCGCUGGCGGCGGCGGGAGCCAACCUGCGCCGCCCCUACCCAGGCUCACUGGUUGGGCCGCUGCACCUGCUCGCCUACCGGGCCGGGUGCCGCUGGGCCGGAGUCACUCCCCGCGCCGUGGCACGCCUCUUCACCGCCGCCGGUGCUACAGCCGCCAAUGGUGCAGCUGCUGCAGCCGCUGCUACGGCCACACCCAUGGCACUCGGGGCCCCAUCGACGGCUGCAGCAGGCGGCGUGGCCACAUUGGGCACCGGCCCGGCUGCUGGCCUAGCUGCCGGUGCUACAGCCGCAAGCCCAGUAGCAGCAGCCGCACAAGCGGCACCGGCAGUAGCAGCACGCGGCGGCUGGAUAUCCCCGGCAUCGCUGCUGUGUGAGGCAGACGAGUGGCGUUGCUGCGCCGUGUUCUGGUUGGUGCGGGCGCCGGAGGCGGAGCAGCAGCGCGGCGGACUGCUGCCGGCGCCGGCUCUGGGGGCGCUGCUCACGGCGCUACGGCGGGGGCUGACGGCGGGAGGUGGCGGCGGAGGCGGAGGAGGCGGGCUGCCGCCACAGGAGGCCAUUGACGGGGUGGCCAGGGUGCUGUCGGCGCUGGUUGGGUCGCUGGCUGUGGAGCAUGUGCGGCUGCUGUUGGUGUCUUGGCCCGAGGCGGCGGGGGCGGGGCUGCCGCCGCUGCGGCUGACGGCGCUGCACCUGACCUGCCUGCUGCCGGCGUGGGGCGCCGACGCCGACGCGGGCUCGCUGCUCCGCGGUGCGGUCACCGCCGAGCGCAUCGACGGCCGCUUGCUGUCGCGAGUACCCCAGGCUGUGCGGGACGAGGCACAACCCUACGCCCCGCAGUCCGCUACACCCGCCGCUGCCACACCUGCCGCCGCCUCCGCCGCCGGCCCCAAAUCCACACCUGCGCCCGCCGCCGCCGCAUCCGGCGACCCGGACCGGCGUGGCGGCAAGUGGCGCAGCCCCCUGGCGCGCAGGCCCGCGUCUUCGGGCAGCGAUUCAGACGCUGGCGCCGGCGCGUCUGAUAGCGAUGGUGAUGAUGGCGGUGGCGGUGGUGGUGGCGGUGCGGGUGCGGUGCCGGCCCCAGACUGGGGCGUGUGGCCGUACCCCCUGCCUGCGGAGCUGUGGCCCGCUGACGAGGAGGCGGGCGAGGGCCCCGACGCCGCAAUGCAGAGGUGCAUGAACGCGCAGCUGCAGCUGGUGCACCUGCUGUUGGCCGCGGGUGCGCCGCCGGACACCGCCGACGUCAACGGCGCCACGCCACUCAUGUGCGCCGCACUGGCAGCCACGCCGCCCGUGGUGGCGGCGCUGCUAGCUAAAGGCGCCUCGCCCACCGCGCAAGCCUCCGUCUUCCGCCUGCCGGUCUGCGACGAGCGCAGCUUGCACAGCCGCAUCACACACGCCUCAGCACUGGCACUUGACUACCUGCUACUAGUGCCGCCGCCGGCCCCCGACGCCCGCGGUGGUAGCAGCAGCGGGGCAGCAGGCGGCGGCGGCGGCCCCGAUGCUGCUACAGCCACAGCUGCAGGGGCUGCGGCUGCUGGUGCACCCACACGGUUGGCUGUAGCAGCUGUGGCGCCGCCGCCGGGCCCGCCGGGCGAGGAGGCGACCGCGGAAUGGGAGGACACGUCGGAGGAAGCCGUGGCGUGGCGUGGUGUUGAGGGCCGCCGCCACCAAUUCGCAAAGCUGGCCAAGCAGCACUUUGUUCUGACCCCGCUGACGGCGGCGGUGCUCCGCUUCAUGCAACUGUUGAAUGUCGAGUCGCUGCACAGCCGCGGAGCCGCCGCCGCCGCCGGCCCAACAGACGCACGCGGGCGGCCGGCGCGCACAAGCCUGAUGGUGCUGGACGUCGCCAAGCGACAGAACCGCUUCAACAGGGCCGGCGACGGCAUCCUGUGGUUGCUGCUUCGCCACGGCCCGCCCGCGCUGCGCGGCGCGGUGCUGCCGCCGCUGCGCGCCACCGACAUCGUCAAGCUGGCGGAGGUGGCGCCGCGCCUGGCGCUAGCAGUGGCGGGGGACGCGCUGCCAGGCAACGCCUACCUGUCUUUUGCGGAGCGGGCGGCGCGCGAGGCUUGCGCCACGCUGUCGCCCUUCACGCUGGCCUCCCUGGACUCGGCUGUGGGCAAAGCCGUCACCCUCGCACUGGACACAGACCCCCGCCGCAGCGGCGGCGGCAGCAACGCCCAGAAGCAGCAGCAGGGCGGCGGCGGCAAGCGCAAAACCGGUAAAUUUGGUAAAACCGAAACCGCCAUGACGGUUGGUAAAACCGCGGCGUCGCGCUCGUCCAGCGGUUACUGGGGGCCGUACGAGGACGAGGUGUUGUACGACCUGAUGCGCUGCGGGCUGUACCCGCUGUUCGCCUCGCCCGAGAUGAUGAAUAACGGCGAGAGCUCGCUGCUGCGCAUGGCGGCCGAGCUGUUGCAGUUCGCCAACCACAUGCGCCACGGCCGGCGGGCGCUGCUGGCGGCGCACGUGACGCAGUUCCCGCCGCGCCGCCCGCCGCCGCUGGAAAACACGGCGGCGGCGGCGGCGGCGGUGGUGCCGGGAGCGCCGGCGCCGCUUGCGCUGCCGGCGCCGCCGGGCGAUGUUGCUGGCGGCGGCGGCGGGGCGUGUGACGGCAGCAGCGAUGCUCAUGGUGGUGCUGGCGGCGAUGUGGUGGAGGGGUAUGUGGCGGCGGCGCUGGCGGGCACGUUGUCACUGGCUCACACAGAGGCCCUACUGGUGCAGAGCUUCGACACGGCCUGCGGGCUUAGUCAGGCGCGGUACGGCACUGCGGACUCGGCGGCGGCGGUGGCGGCGGCGGCUGCAUCGGUGGCGGCGGCAGCCGGUCAGACGGCGGCGGCAGUUGGCGCUGCUGCGAGAGGGGCGGAAGGAGGGGCCGAGGCGGCGCCGGAGCGCGGGCGCGGGCGCAGCGUCACGGCGGGGGGCGGCGGCGCCGGGGCAGGGGGCGGCGGGGGCGAGGGUGAGGACGGCGUGUUGGUGCUGCACACGCAGGACGACCUGGAGUACGGCAUGGCUUACGCACGUGUGGCCGAGGUGCUUCCGCCCGUGUGCAGCAUGCGCUUCGCCAUCGGCCACCGCGCUCCCGUGCCCGACCUCACUGUGCGCCAGCUGGCCAACACCAUCUUCAAGAUGGUGCGGCAGCUGUGCCACAUCAGCCAGGCGGAGCUGACCUGGACCCGCAUGCCUGGCGGCGUCACGGCGACGCACGCGGACGGCCUGUUCAUGCCUCUGGCUCCCGGUCAUCCCGACUGGAGCCCAACAGAUCUGUUCAGGCCCAACAAGUUCGGCUUCCGCCUUAGCCUGGCCUACACCCGCCGCACUAUGAUGAUCGAGCUACACGCGCUGUCGCUCAACCGCUCCGUGCCCGUAGCCGUAGCCGAGCGACUGAACAAGGCUGUAGCCGCAGCUGCAGCCGCGGCGGCUACAGCCGCAGCUGCAGCUACAGCCACGUCGGGCCAGGGCUUUGACGCUGGUUCGGAAGGCAGGACUUCGGCAGGCGGCGGCGGCGGCGGCGGCAGGGAGGGGCGGCGGGCGGUGGGCGCGGCGGCGCUGGAUCCGCGGUACGGGCGCCUGGACGAGUUCCAGUGCUGGAUGCGGAAUCCGGAUGCGGUGCGCAUGGAACAGGUGCAGCACAUGGCAGGGCGCAUGGAGGAGGCCAGCGAGGCGGUGGGCGGCAACUGGCGGCAGAUGCCCGCGCCGCCGCCCUGGUGGAUCAGCGGCUGGGUGGACAGGUUCUUGCGCCUGUACGUGUUGGCGGCUGUGGGCAAGGGCAAGGAGCUGGAGCGGGCGGGGCUGCACAGCCUGUACGACAGGGGCAUUCAGGACCCCUGGUUGCCGGAGCCGCCGCGCCGCAAGGGCCGCAAGGGCGGCAAGGGUCGCAAGGGGAGCCGCGGCGCCGCCGUUGUACUCGACAUGGAGGAGGAGGAGGCGCCGCCUCCGCCGCCGCCGCCGCCGGGUGUGGGCGCCAGUGCCCCCUGGCGGCGCGACGAGGUCACCCUGUUCGGCACCGUGCUGGCAAUCAUCCAGUCGCCCAUGACCGCGGCGGCGAUGGGCGGCAGCGAUGACGAGGGCGAUGGCGAGGGCGACGCACAGCCGCCCGACGCCACAGGCCGCCCCUGCAGCCCGCGGGAAUGGCGGCGGGUGCGGAAGAUGGUGGAGCGGUACGAAGGCAGCGCGGCGCCGCGGGACGAUGACCACCCCGACAGCGGCUGUGUGGUGUUCACGGCCGUGUGGAACAAGAUUGCGCACAAGGCUGGAUGGCCUGCUCGCAGCACACUGGAGGUCAUGGCCAUGGUCUCACGCCUCACGCGGCUGGCGUGUUGCUCGUACGACACACAGUGGGAGGCGUCGCUGCAGGUGAUGAUGGGGCUGUUGGGCUCGGGUGACGUGUCGCCAGCGCUGCGGCGCGAGGUGGAGGGCAAGCUGCUCAGCCUGGCCUCCGACGGCGCCUUCCUUCGGCGACUGGUGUGGGGCAUGUGCCGCGGCCGCCGCAGCGAGGCGCGCUGCGUGGCGCUGCUGUCGGGCGUGGUGGAGUUCCAGCCGGGGCUGCUGGCGGCGCUGGCGGAGCACGAGGCGGCGCGGGAGGGCGGUCGCGAGGCGUGGGCGCGGGACCAGGCCGCGUGCUGGGCGGUGGCGGCGGGGCCGGCGCUGGCGGGCAUGGCUCCGGAGCGACUGGCGGCGCUGCUGGCGGCGCAGCACGGCCUGGCGGCGCCGCCGCACGUGGUGCCGUACAACGCCGCCGCCACCGGCCUGCCGUCACUGGCGGCGGAGCUCAAAAAGGCCGCGGCGGCGGCGGCGGCCGCAGAGGCUGUAGCAGACAUGGAGCAGCGGCAGGGGCAGGCUACGGGGGGUGGCGGCAGUAGUGGUGGGGCCGGGGCCGCUGACGGCGCCCCGGGCCGGCGGCACAUGAUGUAUGUGCGGUUUGAGACACGGGCGGCGCUGGAGAGGGCGGUGGCGGCGCCGCUGCUGGUGCGGGCGGCGGACGCCCAGCAGCAACACCAACACCAACAGAGACGCAAGCACGCCUCGGGCUCCUCGCCCGGCACCGCUGCCGCCGCCGCCGGCGCCGCCGCCACCACCUCCGUCGUGGCGCUGCUGCCGGUGGCGGCGUGGGAGGCGGGCGCGGUGCCGCCGGCGCGCCUGCCCGGACGCCAGGAGGACGAGCUGGGUGGCGGUGGCGGCGGUGGUGGCGGCGGUGGGGUGCGGGUGUUGUCUUUCUUCGACCUGGUGUUCCGGCGUCUGCCCAGCGGACUGGCGGGGCGGGACCCGCACGCGGGCGGCACGCUGUGGGGAGCGGGACUGCCGGCAGUGCUGCUGCUGCGGCGCCCGGCAGAAACCAGGUGGUCGCCGUGGCGGGGCCCGGGUGGGGACGUGGGCGAGGAGGCGGGCGUGGUGGGGCCGGUGUUUGACGCACACGCCACCGCGCCGCUGCCCAGGAACUGGAUGCAGGAGUUGGACGCCAACGACAACGGACUGGUCAUCUACCGCGAGUUCCUGUUGGCGUACCUGCGCCACAGGGCGGGUGACUUCCUGGGCGGCGGGGUCAGGGGCGCCCCUGCUGCUGCUACAGCUUCUACUGCUGCAGCUCUUGCUGCUACUGCUGCCGGCGCUACAGCUGCUGGUGCUGCCACAGACCCGGGCCCGCCGCCACUGGCGCCGCUCCCCGGCGGCUCCGGCGGCCCCCUUGCGGCGGGUCCCGCCGCCAGCACGACAGCAACCGCAAUGACGGCGGCGGCUGGGGCUGCUGAGGUUGCAAGUGAUGGCACUGACGGCGGUGGCGGCGGUGGUAAGGCUGGCCCCCCGCGCCCGCCCCCCACUGCUGGCGGCGGCGCCGGCGGCGGCGGUGUGUCCUCCGGCUGGCAGCGGGCGGCGGGCGCGGUGCAGGGGCAGCUGUCGCAGGCGUUCUGGGACCGGGGCCAGGCGCUGAGGCGGCUGAGGGAGAACCAGGUGGAGCUGCAGAAGGCUGCGAGACAGCGCGCGCUCCUCGCAGCCGAGCGCCGCCCCUCCGCCACCGCAGGCAGCAGCAGCAGCAGUGCCGCCGCCGCCACCGCCCGUUCCAUGCGCGGCUCCCAGCGGCAGCCGCCGCCGCCGCGGGGCCGAGGCGGCGGCGGCGGCGGCGGAGGUGGGCUGGCGGCGGUGCGGCAACUAGGAGCCAAGGCCCUUGGGGCGCUGGGCGCAGGCGGGGUGGGUGUUGCAGACGCCUACGGCGGCGGCGGCGGUGGCGGCGGCUUCUGGGUGCCUGGCGUGUGCCUGGCGGGUCUGGACUGUGUGGCCCCGGAGGAGGUGUGCGAGGUGCAGCGCUGCGCCUGGGUCGCGUACGCCAACCUCAGGAGCGCCGCCAGGUACCUGGUCUCCUCGGGCGCCGCUGCCGAGGCCGCCGCCGCUGCGUCCUCCCCGACUGCACCUGCCGCCGCCGCCGCCGCCGCCGCUACCAGAAGCAGCGGUGGCGGCGCCGCCGGGGCCUGGCAGGCAGCGGAGCGGUCCGCGCUGCAGUCCGUGCUGCGCGGCCUGCAGCGGCCUGCAGACCUGUUCGGCAGUAGCAGCAGCAGCAGCAGCAGCGGCAGUAGCGGCAGCGGAAGCAGUGGCGACGCGGCGUCGGCUACAGCCGCGCACACAGCUGCUGCUGCUGCCGGCCAGCAGGCAGGCAAGGGCGCCGCGCGAGCGGUGGCGGCGGGGGCCACGGGUGUCAGCAGCAGCAGCAGCACCACCACCACCACCACCACCGGCAGUAGCAGGUCUUGGCUGCAGCUGCUGGCGGGAGUGCUGCCGCCGCCGCCGCCGGCCGCCGCCGCCGCCAACCCGGCUGCUGCUACGACGUCACCGGGAGCAGUGGCGGCGGAGGGCGCAGCAGGUGGUGGCGGCGGCAGUGGCGGCGCUACCCCUCCUUCAACAGCGCCGGCAUCUGACACGGCCGCCGCCAGCAGCAGCAGUAGCAGCUGCUCCCCACGCGACACCGCGCUGCUCGAGCUCUUGCUGGACCUGGCGGCCGCUACUGCAGGCCGCGACAGCGGCAGUAGCAGCAGCAGCAGCAGCGCCGCCUACGGUGCUACAGCCGCGGCUGCUACAGCCGGCUACGUGGGCUGCUGCCCCAGCGGGUCUGCACGGGGCGUGCACGGGGACCUGGUGGAUGAGGGGGAGGACGAGGCGGUUGGGCCGCUGGCGGGCGGCGUGUGCCGGCUGCUGCGGGGGCGCACACUGGCGGCGGCGGCCAUGCAGGUGGGUAUGGACGCGGCCGGCCAGCUCGCCUCGGGCGGCGGCAGUGCGGCGGCGGCCACGGCGGCGGCGGCGGCGUUGCGUGACGGCCUGCCGCCACCGCUGGGCGGCUGUGACGCGGUGUUCUCAGCCAGUGCGCUCAAGCUGGCGGCGGAGGAGGUGUGGGGCUUCGUGGUGGACAUGCAGGCGCUGGUGGACGGCGUGAUCAGCCCGCUGGUGGCGGCCGCCGACCAGUCGCUGCCCGUCAUCGCCCGCGACUCCAUCACCGCCAUAUUCGGAAACACCAACAUCGAGCUCAUACUAGAGUACGAGGUUGAGCUGCUCAAGCUGCUCACCCGCGGCUGGGCCUCCGCCGCCGCCACCGCUCUGGUGACGCCCUCCGCCGCCGGCCCCGCGCACUACCUCGUGGGCAGCGUGCAGCGGCGCAUGGCGGCGGCGCGGCUGCGCGGGUGGCGCGGCGACUUCCCGCCCUGCGCGGAGCAGUUGGGCAUCGACCCGCUGUCUGCCGGCGUGCAGCUGCGGCCGCUGCUGGCGGCGCCGGGCGCCGCCUCCGCCGCCUCUGACCCAGUGGCUGGCGGCGGCGCCGCCGCCGCCGCGCUGGCGGGCGAGGUGUUGGAGCUGCUGGGUCGGCUGGCCACCGCCUACACCCGGUACCUGGACACACUGGACGGGGCGCUGAAGGAGCUGCUGGAGUGUCUGGAGCGGGACGGGCAGGGCACGUUCACCGCCCUACUGCGCCGUUUCGCCCGACCCGUCAAGGCCAAGACGACACGCCGGAAGCAGCAGCAGCAGCCCACGGCUGCUGACGCUGAUGCAGGAGAGGGUGGCAGUAGCAGCGGCAGCAGCAGCAGCAGCAGUGGCGGCAGUAGCAGCAGUGACGAGGGCGGGGACGGCGCAGAGGGGAAGGGCAAGGCGGGGCAGCAACAGCAGUCAGCAAGCGGCGGCGGGCGGCGUGGGGUGCCGGCGGCGGCAGCGAAGCAGAAGGCGCGCGCUGCCAAGGCCAGGGCCAAGUAUGCUGACGCCGAGACGAGGCGGCUGGAGCACCCGCGGCACCACCAUGUGCGGCCGCUGCUGAGUGUGCGGCAGAUGGCCAGGUAUGGCCCCGGGGCGGAGCUGGAGGCGUGCCUGCGCAAGCCCGCCGCGCACCUGCCGGCGCUGGCCUUCCUGGCCACACUGUGCAGGUCCCUCGUCGUCGCGGCUGAGGGCGCCGAGGAUGAGGGCACCAGUGGCGGCUCGCCUGCCGGGCCCUCCUCCGCCGCUGCCACUGCCAACACCGCCGCACACGCCAAGGCUUCCGACCCCACCGCUGCCGCCAUGUCCACUGACGACGGCGCUAUCACUGUCAAAGCCACCGCAAUCCUCAGUGCGCCCAACGGCGCCGCCGCUGCUACUGCCGGCAGCAGCAGCAGCAGCAGCAGCGCCGCCGCCGCCAUCAGCGCCGCCGGCCCUGCCGGCCCUGCUGCUGCUACUGCCGGCGGCGUCGGCUGGCUGCUGCUGCCGCAGCUGCUGCUGCGGGGUGUGUGGCAGCGGCUGGCCUCGGGAGGGCGGCUGGCGCGAGUGCUGCCGCUGGGGGGCGGGGACGUGCACCCGCUGCUGCAGGUGGGGCCGGCGGCGUCGCCCGCACCCGGCGGCGCGCCGCGCGCUGCCUCCGCCGAGCACUGCGUGCUGCUGCGAGCCAUUGGCGCCGGGCUGGUGGCGGCGGAGGGCCGCGGGGCGGGUGCAGGUGGCGGCGGCGGCGGCGGUGGUAGUGGUGGUGGUGCAGGGAGUGGUGGUGGUGGCGCCACGUUUGCUGAGCGGCUGAACGGCUGGAUGGAGCGGCACCUGCUGUCGGGCGGCGCCGCCUCCCGACUGCUGCUGGGCGUGUGCACGGCGCUGGCCUGCCUCACCUGGCGCCUGGUGCCGCUGCUGGCGGAGCGGCGCCGGCACCUGCAGCAGCUGGCGGCCGCACACAACCUGCUGAAGCACCGCAGGGUGGUUCUUGCUCUGGAGCGGUCCAUCAACGUGCGGCCGGACGACGACGACGCGCUGGAGGCGGAGCUGGAGCUGCUGCACAGCGCCAUCGCCAAGGGGGUGCGGGAGGCGGCGGCGGAGAUGGAAAUUCGCGACCCCGAUCCCGACAAGGUCUCCCCCAUGAACCUGCACGCGCGCUUCUGGACCACACGUGGGCCGCGCCGCGUCCGUGACCUGGCGCCCCUGCGUGCGGCCCUGGCGGCGGCGGAGGCAGCCACCCUGCACAGCACCUUUGCCGGGGCGCGCCUGCUGAGCAACGCCCGCCGCUGCGCCGCGCGAAUGGAAACCGCCGCCGCCAGGAGCGCCGCCGCCGCAGGCGGCGGCGGCGGCGCUGACGCGGCGGCGGCGGCGGCUUUGGGUGGCGGCGGCGUUGGCGGGCGGGGCGGAAGAGGCGGGAAGGGAGGCGAGGGAGGUGGUGGCGAGGACGAGGACGAGGUGGAGGCGUUUCUGGAUGCACUGACGGGCGGGCCCGCCGCCGCCGCCGCCUCGGCGAAAAGGGACAAGGCGAGGAAGGCAAGGAAGGCCGCGGCACCUGGAGCCGUCGCGCCGGCGCCGGCGGAGCCAAAGAAAGCGGCGGCUGCAGCUGUCGCAGCAGGUGCGGAAGCAGCGGGUGGUGGCAGUGGCGGUGCUGGCGGCGACAUCGGUGACAAGCCGACGGCUACAGGUGGCGAGGUAGUGCCUGCGGCAGCGGCGACGGACGGCGCUGCUGCUACUGCUGGCGCUAGCGCUGCUGCUACUGCCGCCGCCGGCACCACGGCUCGCAGCAUGGGGCUCGCUCGUCUGUUUGGCAGCAAGGCGACGCAAGCCUGGGGGCUCGGCGGCGGCGGCGAGGGCGGCGCCGCGAGCGGCGGGGGCGACGGCGGGGGCGGCAUGGCGGCGGCGGCGCGGGCGGCCCAGAACGCCAGGAGGUUUGGUGCGGUGCUGCGGCGGGCGGUGCGACGGCGGGAGCACGCGAGGCGGCGGUGGGACAAGACCCUGUACCUGGUGAUGCAGUCCGGCGCUCUGGAUGAGUCGCUCCUGGCUGGGCAGCACCGCGCGGAGGUGGCGGCGCUGCGGCGGGGGGCGGCGCUGGCGGCGUGGCGGCAGCUGCGGGGCGUGUGGGACGACCUGCUCAUGGUGUUUGGCGCUGUGGCGUUCCGGGACGUGGGCCGCGCCUUUGCGCCGCUCAUGGCCGCCUUCCUCAUGCUCUACCCCCUGGUGGUGCUGGCGGUGGCACUGGCGAUCGAUCCCUCCAACCCCGGCGGCCGCGGUGUGAUGGGCGCGCUGGUGGGCUGCUACUGCCUGGUGGGCUUCGGCGCCAUGGCGGCGGCAGUAGCACAGCUGCGGCGCGACCCCAGCCAGCUCAAGGUGUACCGGCCCUCGGACGCAAUCCGCUUCCCCAACUUCAGGAGGGGGACGGCGCUGGCGUCUUGGAAGGCGCACUGGGUGAACGUGUUUGCGCUGUUCACCCUGGUGCUGGAGUUCUGGCAGCUGUGCGCCUUCAGCUACCAGCGCCGCGUGCCGUACCCGCGUGCCUCGCUGCUCAAGCGCCUGUUCCCCUGGGCGCUGCUGGACCUGGGCCCUGCCGCCUACUUCCUGCAGGUGGCGGCACUCAUCGCGUUCAUGGUGGCCUGGAUCGCCGUGUUCUUCCCUCAGACUCCCGCCGCCGCCAAGCGCCUGAUCAUGCCCUUCCUGGGCCAGGCCGCCUACCUCACCAUCACCUGCGGCCUGCUGUCGCAGCUGGACUGCCGACUGGGCGACGGCGCGUUGGUGCGCAACCCGCAGCUCACGUGCUGGACACAGCCGCAGCACCUGGCGGGUGCGGUGGCGGCGCUGGCGGCCCUCGGGCUGUAUGUGCCGCGAGCCACCCUCACGCCCUUCGAGGUGUUCUUCCCCUCCGACAACCUGGACGUCAAGUACCGCGGCCUGUACGUGCGUGUGGUGCAGCUGCUGCGGCUGGGCAUGGCGGGCUACAACCUGUUCUUCGCAAACAGCUACCCGCUCACGGUGAUGGCAGCCAACUGCGGUGUGUGCUGUCUGCUGCUGGCCCUCACCGCCGUCAUGCGGCCCUGCUGCAUCGCAGCCGUCAACAUCUGCCGCGGCGCGGGCUUCGCCGCCGCCGCCUGGAGCCAGGCGGUGUCGGUGGCGGCGCUGCGGCUGAGCCCCGACGUGUAUCUGGAUCCGGACACGCGGCAGUGGUACACGCAGAGCUGGACGUACGUGUAUGUGCUGGUGGCGGGCUGGGCGGUGCUGCUGGCGGGCGGCGUGCUGCUGCUGCGGCGGCACCUGCGGCUGCGCGGCUCCUCCAUCGCCUUCUCGCUGCAGCGCAGUCCCUUCAACUACACCGCGCCCCUGGAGCUGCACGCACCCGCCGAGUCCGCGGCGACACCGCGCAAAGGCGGUCGCGCCACCCGCGUCGCCUCAAGCGCACAGGCCAAGACGCCGCCGCCGCCGCCGCCAGCAGCCGCCCGCAUCGCCAGCACCACCGGCACCGGCAGCACCAAAGCAGUAGCAACAGCAACAGCAGCAGCAGCAGCUGCAGCUGCCGGUGGUGGUGGCAGCAGCAGCAUAGCCCGCGGUGCAGCCGCCGUGCAGGGGUCAGACGACGGCGGCAGCUCCAGUGGCGGCGGCGGCGGCGGUGGCGGCGGCAGGAGGGCGCGGCGGGCAUCAGCGGCGGGCAGCAACGGUGGCGCCCGCAGUCCUUCUGACGAUGAUGACAACGGCAAGCGACAACGACCAGAUGAGGACUCGGACGCAGAUAGCGACAGCGAUGAGGGGUCGGACAACUCAGAUGGAGUCAGCAGCGGCAGUAGCAGCGGCAGUAGCGGCAGUGGCGGCGGCGGCGGCUCGAGGGCGUCAGGGGCGCCCGGGUCCGCGGCUAUAGCCGCCGCAACGUCGGGUGCGGCUCUGGGGCUGCCUGUGGUGUCGCCGGCGCUGCUGCGGCAGCUGGCGGCGCGGGGCUUGCUGACGCCGGCGGAUGAGAUGCGCGGCUACGUGUCGCGUCUGGUGGCGAGGGCGGAGAGGAGGUACGAGGGGCGCGGCAGUGGCAGCGGCAGCGGCAGUGGCAGUGGCAGUGGUGAUGGGGGUGACAGCAGUUUGGGUGAGAGCAGCACCAGCGGCAGUGAGAGUGAGGGUGGGGGCAGGGAGAGCGGCGGCAGUGGGCGCGGAGUCGGGCGCGAAACCGGCGACAGGGAGGGGAGCGAAGGGAACGGCGGCCACAGGCUCAGCGGCAGCAGUAGCAGUAGCAACCGUGGCAUCCGCGGCGGCGGCCAAGACAGCACCAACACCGGUGCAAUUGAGGCCGAUGCAAAAGAUGAGGAGGAUGGCAGCAAGGGGCGAAGCAGCAGCACUUGCAAGAGCAGCAGCAGCAGUAGCAGUGCGGGCAAGGGUCACAACCCGCCGGGAGGAGACCAGGAGGUCGCAACUCGGCAGACGUCGUCUGCACCGUCACGCCAGGGCAGUGGCGAGGGCAAUAAGGGCUCGGUCAGCGGUAGGGACCGAGCAGGUGAUGAUUAGGCAGACGGCGGGGGGCGGCGGCGGCAGCUGCGGGCAGUUGUACUUCACGGCGCUAAGCCGCCAGACGCGGCAUCGCCGCUUAGCUGCUGGCGGCCGGGUGGCUAUGGCUACAAUAUUGAGAGGGACCUGCGGACGGAGUUGACGAACGGACUUUGGUGCGGAUUGCAUCAGGGGAACUCCUGGAUUGCGUGGUAGCGGGUGUUGGGUGGCUUGGGAGUUGGGAUACUGUCAUACUGCCCAUGCAUGCGUGCCUGUGCAUGCCGACUGCACUGGCUCCAUCCUCUGUGCCUGGCACUUGUGAGCUGUCGCCGCCGCUGCAGACAUAGUGCAGUGGGGCGGGAUCGGUAUCGGCCGCUUUGCACAUUAUACCUAAAUCACCUUGAUUACUAUUCUUGCUUACUUAUGGACACCGGGGCUCCUGGACUGCUGCGCGACGCUUCAUUGGGUGGCGGCGGCGGCUGCUAUGUUGGUGACUUGGUGAUUUGUGGGCGUGUGCCGCGCCCCGCUGCGUUGGUGCCCUGGGCUAGUAGUGUUUCAACCGCGCCUCACUGAGUCACUGUCGUGCACUGGGUGCGGGCGGGCUAGUUGGCUGGCUGAAGCAACACUGCCACCACAAGGCAAGCUGGCUUACAAUGUUGAAUCAUUACAAUCACACGAUGUACAUCCAAAGU